AUGGCGCCCGCAGACGUUUCCAUGGCCGACAGCGACAUGAACGGACGCGACGCAGACGACGCCAUGCAGGGCUACCAAGAUACCCCCGACUACACCGAUUCAGAUACCAACCCGAACACGACCGCGAGUAGCGUCGCCGGAGAUGCUGCCCCCAUCGACGGACGCAAGCGGCGGGCGCAAGACCAACAGCUGCGAAAGAGCAUGUUUGGCAGGAAACACGAUCGCUUAGGCGAGUCGAAGGAAGAUGACUCCAUCCGACGCUUCCGUUACCUCCUCGGCCUCACCGACCUCUUCCGCCACUUUAUCGAGACAAAUCCCAACCCCCGCAUCAAGGAGAUUAUGGCAGAGAUAGACCGCCAGAACCAGGAAGAAGAAGAGAAGGCCAAGAAAGGUCAUACGAGAAAAGGUGGCGCAGCAGGAGAGCGGCGCCGAAAAACUGAGCAAGAAGAAGACAAGGAGCUGGUCCGGGACGAGAAGCGUGGAGGCGAGAGCGCGACUGUCUUCCGGGACUCGCCCGCCUUCAUAAAGGGCGGGCAGAUGCGAGAUUACCAGGUGGCUGGCCUGAACUGGCUCAUCUCGCUCCACGAGAACGGUAUUUCAGGCAUCCUGGCGGACGAGAUGGGAUUGGGCAAGACGCUACAGACCAUAUCCUUCCUUGGAUAUUUGCGCUUCGUCUGUGGCAUCACCGGACCGCAUCUCGUGGUUGUGCCAAAGUCGACGCUGGACAACUGGAAGCGAGAGUUCGGGAGGUGGAUACCAGAGAUCAAUGUUUUGGUGUUGCAGGGUGCAAAGGAGGAGCGGAACAACCUCAUCAACGAACGGCUGGUGGAUGAGAAGUUCGACGUGUGUAUCACGAGUUACGAGAUGAUCCUGCGAGAGAAGACGCACCUGAAGAAGUUUGCUUGGGAGUACAUCAUCAUCGACGAGGCGCAUCGUAUUAAGAAUGAGGAGUCUUCACUCGCUCAAAUCAUCCGAUUAUUCAAUUCCCGUAAUCGCCUCCUCAUCACUGGAACGCCGCUACAAAACAACUUGCACGAACUCUGGGCGCUUCUCAACUUCCUACUACCGGACGUGUUCGGAGACUCCGAGGCCUUUGACCAGUGGUUCUCAAGUCAAGAGGAGGAUCAGGACACUGUUGUUCAACAACUGCACAAGGUCCUGAGGCCGUUUCUGUUGCGGCGCGUCAAGAGCGACGUCGAGAAGAGCCUCCUGCCGAAGAAAGAGAUCAACCUGUACGUUGGCAUGUCAGAGAUGCAAGUAAGGUGGUACCAGAAGAUUCUAGAGAAGGACAUUGACGCAGUCAAUGGAGCUGCUGGCAAGAAAGAGUCUAAGACGCGUCUCCUCAAUAUUGUGAUGCAACUGCGAAAGUGCUGCAAUCACCCGUACCUGUUCGAGGGCGCAGAGCCUGGUCCGCCUUACACAACGGAUGAGCACCUGGUCAACAACGCUGCAAAGAUGGUUAUGCUGGACAGGCUACUAAAGCGUAUGAAGGCGCAAGGCAGCCGAGUGCUGAUCUUCUCUCAGAUGAGCAGAGUGUUGGACAUUCUUGAGGACUACUCGGUCAUGCGCGGAUAUCAGUACUGUCGCAUUGACGGCUCUACAGCGCACGAGGACCGUAUCGCGGCCAUUGACGAUUACAACAAGCCGGGAUCGGAGAAGUUCCUCUUCCUUCUGACAACUCGCGCUGGCGGUCUCGGGAUCAACCUGACAAGCGCUGAUAUCGUUGUCCUCUUCGAUAGUGACUGGAACCCACAAGCAGAUUUGCAAGCCAUGGAUCGUGCACAUCGUAUCGGUCAGACGAAACAAGUCAUGGUGUUCAGAUUUGUCACCGAGAACGCUAUCGAGGAGAAGGUGCUCGAACGUGCGGCUCAGAAAUUGCGACUAGAUCAGCUAGUUAUUCAGCAAGGUCGCGCACAACAGCCGGCUAAGAACGCAGCAUCCAAGGACGAGCUACUGAACAUGAUACAGCACGGCGCAGAGAAGGUGUUCCAGAGCCAAGGCGGCAUUGGAGUAGUUGGCGGCAAGGCCGAUCUUACGGAUGAUGACUUCGAAGCAAUUCUGAGUCGGGGCGAAGAACGCACCGCCGAGCUCAACGCGAAGUACGAGAAGCUCGGUAUCGAUGACUUACAGAAGUUCACUUCUGACUCAGCGUAUGAGUGGAACGGCCAGAGCUUCGUUCCGAGUAAGAAGGAGAUCGGCAUCAACUGGAUCAACCCCGCAAAGCGCGAGCGUAAAGAACAGUCAUACUCUAUGGACAAGUAUUACCGUGCGGCUCUGCAAACCGGCGGUCGUACUGCGGACACUAAGCCCAGGGUGCCUCGCGCUCCCAAGCACGUGUCAAUACAUGACUAUCAAUUCUACCCGGAGAAGCUCAAAGUUCUUCAAGACAAAGAACUCGCUUGGUAUCGCAAGGAGAACGGCAUCAAGGCUCCACUUCUAGAAGGCACAGAAGAGGACCUUGUAGAGCGUGAGGCGGACCGAGACCUAGUACAACUGGACAUCGAUAACGCAGAGCCUUUGACCGAAGCGGAGAAGGAGGAGAAGGAGCGACUGACAGAGCAAGGCUUCGAUUGGAAUCGUCGCGAUUUCCAGCAAUUCAUCAACGGAUCUGCCAAGUAUGGGCGUAACAACUACCAUCUCAUUGAAGAUGAGGUCGACGGCAAGAAUGCUGAGGAGAUCAAAGCGUACGCUAAAGUCUUCUGGCAGCGGUACACGGAUAUCCCUGGCUGGGAAAAGUUUGUCAAAGCGGUUGAGGAGGGUGAAAACGCCAUCCGCACCCGUGAACGCCACCAGAAGCUGCUCAGGAAGAAGAUCAGUAUGUAUCGUGUCCCGCUUCAGCAGAUGAAGAUCAACUACACGGUCUCGACGACGAACAAGAAGGUGUACACCGAGGAGGAGGACCGUUUCAUACUGGUCUGCUUGGACAAGUUCGGCAUCGACAGCGAGGGUCUGUAUGAGCGGAUCAGGGACGAAAUCCGCGAGUCGCCACUGUUCCGCUUUGACUGGUUCUUUCUCAGUCGGACACCCGUUGAGAUCUCGAGACGGUGCACCACGCUUGUUACAACCGUCGUCCGCGAGUUCGAGGACCGCAAUGGCAGCAUCCCAAACGGCACGUCGAAGUCCAAGCGCACGCUUGACGAGGAAGAAGAGGAAGAGGAAGAGGAGACCGCCCCGGUCAAGAAGCGCGCGAAGAACGGUGUCAAGAACAAGCAGCUUGACAACGUCAAGGGUACCGCUAGCAAGGCGACUUCCGCGAGCACAUCUCGAGCUGGCAGUGUCGUCUCCAACGGCUCUGCCGUACCCCAAAAGUCGAAGGCGAAGUCUAAGAAGAAGUAG